AGAACCUCUCCUAUUGGCGCUAGAGCGGCCACCGGCGUGCCCCUCCGCCCAGAGGCUAGCCCUAUCUCAGGGGAAGGCUUCGUGGAUGUUCCUGUCCUUCGAGCCACCCUUGUUGGUCAAUCCUCGUCACGCCCUAUGCUGUUGGUUACGCGGGGAAAGCCAAAAGAAGAUGGCACGGUAGCACAUCGGGAUUCCUGGUGCGGAAAAACACCAUGACACCAUAGAAGAUCCAAGAAUCCUUCGAAGCCCGGCGCCCGGCUCGCAAAUGGCCGACAGUGAGCUGCGCAGGCAUGUGGCUGUGGUUUCAGGAGUGUUGGUGCUGUGCAUGGUGUGUGCGGCGGGUCUGCCGCUCCUCAUGCAGUUUUACGUGCUGCCAAACUGGACUAGCUCCGAGCAGCGGUGUGGGAACGAGCUGAGGAUAAGCUGUGCGGGUAUCAUCGUGGCUAGACCGAUCACACAAGAGGUCUGUGAAGCCGCCGGCUGCUGCUGGGUGGAAAACAGCACCAUCCAGUCAUGCUACCACAAAUUUCCAGCGGCACUGAAGUACCACUUGGAUCAUGCUACACAGUCAAAGAAUCUCUGGUUAAACCUACGCACCGAAGGUUAUGUCAACAGUUCUUUGCUUCGAGGUAUUGUUAAAAAUCUUGUCGUCAAAACUCAAAUGAUGUCCAACUAUCACGUUCAGGUAUGCAUUGCCGAUGCAAGCGCCAAAAGCCAGAGGACUACGUGCAAACCGCCAGGUGAAGUGAGUGCAAACAAGAGUGCAUCUUUAAGCCCAGAGUAUUACGUCAAAUUUGGUGACUCGACAGACAUGCCCGAAUACGAUGAGCCUUUCUACCUCAAGAUUCAACGCAAAAGCUCAAACAACAGGACUCUUUUCAACACAAAGCUGGGAGCCCUGUUAGUCACGGAAGAUGUCCUUGAAUUGACGACAAUCCUACCGUCCCGUAACCUCUACGGGUUGGGGCUAACUUCCUCGACUUCGCUGAGGCACACAAUGUCGUCCAAGUGGACCUUGCUCAAUCGAAUCUCGUUUGGUGAUGACGGCAACGGUUGGCCCGGUGUUCAUCCUUUCUACCUUUGCGUCGAGAAUGAUGGCAAAGCGCACGGAGUACUUCUGGACACAAAGAGUAUCAUCCACGUGGAAACAACCAGAUACCCCACGGUCACAUUCCGCAUCUUGAACACCAGCAGUGUGAGCAUACACGUCUUCUUAGGUCCCACGCCUGCAGACGUCAUCAAGCAAAUGACUGCAUUCGUAGGAAGACCAAAGCUUCCACCAAUCUGGGCACUGGGCUUUCAUGUCUGCAGGUACGACCUAAAGAAUGCGUAUGAGGUCAUCAGUGGACUUCGCGAGAAGGGCGUGCCCCAUGAGUCGGACUGCAUCAGUUCCAAGUUCACAUCCGAAAUCCCCUAUGUGCUUCCCGUCUCCGAUGAUGAAAAGCAGUGGAAGAACCUGACUGCCCUCCUUAAGCAGCAGGGACAGAAACUACUCCUUGUUCACACUCCCCAUGUGCCCAUGAAUGAAACUUACAACGAUAAACCGUAUCACCCGUUUGUCAGUGCCAAACGUGACGGGAUACUGAUGGGGGAUGGUGGGCAUAGUGUGCGUGCCGUACCUCUAAGCUCUACAGCGGACCUCAGCUAUGGGGUGGUGGACGUCUUCAGCAAACACUACCCAAGCUGGGUCAACGAAAAUUACAAGGAGGCCUACGAUGAGACCCCCUUCGACGGAAUUCUUCUCGACCAAAAUACACCAGUGGACAUGAGCCGUCCAGAACCCAUCAACCAGUACAAAGAUCCGCCUCCUUACAAAACGAGGUGCAGCAAUAACUCUGUGAAUUUCCCGUUUGUGAACUUUGGUCCCGAGCUCCUCUUCAAGAACACCGUGUGCAUGGACGUACCGCAUCGGGACACUGCGGCACUCCACUACGCCUUACACAACAUGUACGGCCUGAAGAACACCCAAGUCGUGACAAAGAGCGUGGCAAAUGUCACCAAAAACAAAUCCCGCCAAAUGUUUUUCGCCAGCAUGUCUACACAUACCGGAAGUGGAACCUACGGCGGCCAUUUCGGAAGCGGCUACAAGGCCACGUGGACCAUGCUCCAGACAUCUCUGGUACACAUGCUGGAAAUGUCGCUGUACGGCGUUCCCAUGUACGGGUCGGCCGUGUGCGGAUCCGAGGGGGACCCCAGCUACGACCUGUGCUCCCGGUGGUACCAGCUUUCAGCGCUGAGCUCGUUCAUGUUCACGAGCCGGAGGGCCGGAGAGGCCCCGGUGGAUCCUUACUCUUUGACAUACAUGCGAGAUGUGGCGCGACACAACAUCCAGAUCCGCUACACCCUGCUGGACUACAUGUACACGCAACUGAUGCUUUUCAGCGCCGACGGAGAGCCCUUCUUGAGACCCGUCUUCUUCGAGUACCCGACCGACAGGACCGCCUGGAAGAUCACUCGUCAGUUCUUCCUAGGCUCGGCGCUGAUGGCGGCUCCGGUGAUGACGGCAGACAUGAGUCUGGUCAAGGUUUACUUCCCCAGGGACAGCUUCUACAACUUCUUCACGCGACAGCAGAUGUCAGUCGACAAGACGGACAGGUGGCUGGGAGUUCUGGCUUCGGAGUACGAGCCGGCCCUGUUCAUCAGGGCCGGUCACAUUGUGCCCAUGCGGAGACCAAACGUCACGGUGGCCUUGACGCAGAAGAAUCCCUUCUCACUAAUGGUCGCGACCAAGAAGGCCGACAAGGGAAAAUCACUUGCACAAGGCUUGGUCUACAUCGAUGACGGAGUCUCCAUGAAAACAGGCUUCACGGCAAAAAUAUUGUUCCGAAAAGAACUCUAUACCACAAAAAAUCCCGAGAAGACAUAUGCCUUGGAAAUCCUUCCCAAGCCGCAGUCCACACCAAAUGCAGAAGUCAACGUCGGCGUGGAGAAACUGGUCAUUCUCGGCCUCGGCAUCCACAAGGCACCGACCAGCGUAAGAGCUAACAACUGUUCCGUUAACAAGGACAGCUACGUCUACAAGUUCAAGACGGAUUCCCUCAUAGUCACAAACUUGGCAACGCAAUGCAACGUCAGUUUAGGAUUGAAGCACAUGAUAAAGAUUGUGUUCUAAUGCCUGUG